GAAAAAGUUGAUGGAAGUAGGUCAUCAGUGGUGCAAGAGGGUUCCAUGAUGAGGAUGGUUGGAGCUGACAUGGCAGAAUCAGUGACUUUUAGGUUUCCACCAUCAGUAGACUGUGGACCAUUUCAAGGUUAUGACAGACCAUAUAAAGUUAUAAACACUACUGAUAUAAUAGGGGAGUUACCUGACUGGCCAAAAGAGGUCUUGUACUAUAUUGGAACACCAGCUGUACUCUUUCCUAUACUUAUACUUUUGAUAUUGCUGGUGGUGUAUUUUAAAGUUAAGACUUCAUCUUAUAAACGACUUAUCAGGGAGUUGAGAAGACAACUUAUGUUUGAACGUAAAGUAGAAAAAAGAAAAAUAUUUGCUACUGGAAGAGCAAUGUCAGGUGGUGCUUUGAGUCGGUAUUCCUCUCAGGAAAGUAUUGGUACACCAGGAAUGAAACAUCGGAAGGUGUCACAGCAGACGGUUGCUACUACUAUAGAGGAGGAACAAGAAUUCUAAUGAACCUAAAGACAUCUUUUUCAUUUCUAACAUUUAGAGAUAUUGGAUGUUUGAACAUUGUGUGUGUGUGUCAUUAAUUCAUGUAAUUAACAAAAGUAAUUAGGUUUCAUAUAUGAGUUUUCACAAAUAGUGUUUAACAUUUAUUGCAUGACAAUGAACAGUUUCUAAUAAACAAUUAUUGGAAACAAAUUGUUUUUGAAAUACAAAAUGUAUUUUCUUUAUGUUUGUAAAGAACAUUAAAAUCUUUGACAAAUUUCAUUACAGAAUGUGCUCGGUGUGUUUUUCCCCAUAUCUUUAUCAUGAACAAGCUCCACAAUGAUUUUUUUCGUUAGAUGAUAUUUUGCAUUAUAAAAACUUGGUAAAUUUGUGAAAAAAGAUUUUAUAGACAAAAGGAAAUGAUAAUGUAGAUAAUAAUUAUAAACUUUAAAGUAACCUAUGAUAAGAUAUUGGCAUGGUUUUUAAACUCAUAAUUCAAUUAAAGUUUUGUUUUUUUUUGCACUCGAGUGUCGAUUUGUUUGAUCUUGUAUCAAUCUUCUCUCAGUUAUUAAAAUCCCACAAGAGUUAUGAUUCUCCUUUGACACCUUAAACACAUUGGUCUAAUUGCUUGUUAUCUGGCGUGGCUCGAUUCUAAGGGGUUAUUUUUAUGUCCCAAAAAGUCUUUGGACAAUGAUGGGGUGAGGAAGCGGGCUUUUAAGGGUUUUUUUGAAGCUAUUUUAACUUUGAGGUCUGGAAAUAACAUAUUUCCAUGCAAGAUUUUUGUUAUGUUUCUUUGUUGUUGUUUUUAGCUCACCUGUCACAAAGUGACAGGGUGAGCUUUUGUGAUCCCUUUUCGUCCCACGUCCGUCCGUCGUCCGUCCGUCCGUAAACUUUUACUUUAAAUGACAUCUCCUCAUCUCCUCAUAAACCACUAAGCCAAUUUCAUCCAAACUUCACAGGAAUGUUCCUAUGGUGGUCACCUUUAAAAUUUUUUCAAAGAAUUUAAUUCCAUGCAGAACUCUGGUUGCCAUGGCAACCGAAAGAAAAAACUUUAAAUAUCUUCUUUUAAAAGACCCUAAGAGCUAGAGCUUAGAUAUUUGCCAUGAAACAUCUUCUAAUGAGUGUCUACCAAGUUUGUUUAAAUAAAAGCCCUGGGGUCAAAAUUGGCCCUGCCCCAGGGGGUCUUUGAUUUUCCCUAUAUGCAUAUAGUAAAAACUUAAAAUAUCUUCUUUUAAAGAACCCCAAGAGCUAGAGCUAAGAUAUUUAGCAUGAAGCAUCUUCUAAUGAGUGUCUACCAAGUGUGUUCAAAUAAAAGCCCUGGGGUCAAAAUUGGCCCCGCCCCAGGGGGACAUUGAUUUUCCCUAUAUGCAUAUACAUGUAGUAAAAACUUAAAAAAUCUUCUUUUAAAGAACUCAAAGAGCUUGUGCUAAGAUCUUUAGCAUGAAACAUGUUCUAAUGGGUGUCUACCAAGUUUGUUCAAAUAAAAGCCCUAGGGUCAAAAUUGGCCCCGCCCCGGGGGUCAUUGAUUUUCCUUAUAUGUGUAUAGCAAAAUCUUAAAAAAUCUUCUUUGAAAAAACCAAAAUAGCUAGAGUUUAGAUAUUAGCAUGAAACAUCUUCUAGUGAGUGUCUACCAAGUUUGUUCAAAUAAAAACCCUAGGGUCAAAAUUGGCCCCGCCCCAGGGGGUCUUUGAUUUUCCCUAUAUGCAUAUAGUAAAAACUUAAAAAUCUUCUUUUAAAGAACCCAAAGAGCUAGAGCUAAGAUAUUUAGCACGAAACAUCUUCUAAUGAGUGUAGACCACGUUUGUUCAAAUAAAAGCCCUGGGGUCAAAAUUGGCCCCGCCCCAGGGGGUCAUUGAUUUUCCCUAUAUGCAUAUAGUAAAAACUUAAAAAAUCUUCUUUUAAAGAACUCAAAGAGGUAGAGCUAAGAUAUUUAGCAUGAAACAUGUUCUAAUUGGUGUCUACCAAGUUUGUUCAAAUAAAAGCCCUGGGGUCAAAAUUGGCCCCGCCCCGGGUGUCAUUGUUUUUCCUUAUAUGUAUAUAGCAAAAACUUAAAAAAUCUUCUUUGAAAAAACCCAAAUAGCUUGAGUUUGAAUAUUAAGCAUGAAACAUCUUCUAGUGAGUGUCUACAAAGUUUGUUCAAAUAAAAGCCCUGGAGUCAAAAUUGGCCCGCCCCGGGUGUUAUUGAUUUUCCUUAUAUUUGUAUAGCAAAAACUUAAAAAUCUUCUUUGAAAAAACCCAAAUAGCUAGAGUUUAGAUAUUAAGCAAGAAACAUCUUCUAGUAAUUGUCUACAAAGUUUGUUCAAAUAAAAGCCCUUUGGUCAAAAUUGGCCCUGCCCCAGGGUUGUCAUUGGUUUUAACUAUAUGUGUAUAGUAAAAACUUAAAAAAUCUUCUUUUAAAAAAACCCAAUGAGCUAGAGCUUAGAUGUUUAGCAUGAAACAUCUUCUUAUGGGUGUCUACCAAGUUUGUUCAAAUAAAAGCCCUUGGGUUAAAAUUGGCCUUGCCGGGGGGGGGGGGGGAGGGGGGUAGAUCGUUGUUUUUCAUUAUAUGUGUGUAGUAAAAACUUAACAUUGUGAAACAUCUUCUAAUGGGUGUCUUCCAAGUUUUUUCAAAUAAAAGCCCUGGGGUUUAAACUGGCCCCGCUCCGGAUGCCUUUAUACAGGUGAGCGACCUCAGGGCCAUCAUGGUCCUCUUGUUGUUGUUUUACUUUAGUCAUAUUUGUUAACCAAACUGUUUUUCCUUCAUAGUAGAAAACUAUGGCUUAUUUUCUGUUUAUGAAAAUAAAAAUGAAAU